UCUCUCUAUCUCUCUCUCUAUCUCUCUCCUACUUUGUGUUGAGGUUUGAGAAGCUCCCAGAGAAAAAAAAAAAAGAGAGACUUUUUUUUCUGUUUAUUAAUAGGACAAAAAAGUCUUGUGGCUGAAGAGGAGCAAGAACAGCAGAGCCCAAAGAAGUAGAGCUAACAGGGCUGUAAUAAUAAUAUUCUAAUCUCCUCCUAAUCCCUCAGUGUUUCCUUCUUCGAUAUAUCCGCCCUUGGAUUCUCAAGCUUACUCCCAUUUGCCACCUUCUCGCAUCUGCAUAAAGAAUUGAAGCCUAAUCCCUUUUGUCUGCUACUGUGCAUCUCUUCUGCAGCUUCGACUGCCGUGGGAAAAAUAACCAUGGGUGUGUGAGGUUGUGCUCGCUUGGCAAUGGAUCUCGAAAGGGGACAGCGUUCCCGAACUAUCAAGAAACAAUCUUGGAGGUCAGUUCUGAUGCUGGCCUACCAAAGCCUCGGAGUAGUCUAUGGGGACCUCAGCACUUCGCCACUGUACGUCUACAAGAGCACCUUCGCCGAUGAUAUCGAGCACACGGAGAGCAAUGACGAGAUCUACGGCGUGCUCUCCUUUGUUUUCUGGACCCUCACCCUCAUCCCUCUCCUCAAGUAUGUCUUCGUAGUGCUCCGAGCUGACGACAAUGGUGAAGGUGGCACAUUUGCUCUCUACUCGCUCCUGUGCCGCCACGGGAGCUUUGGUUUCUUGCCAAGUGGCCAGCUAGUUGAUGUGGAGCUCUCAGCCUAUAAGAAAAAAGAUAGUACUGCCUCUGGUGGUGGUGCUGCUGCAUCGAUUGUGAAGAGACUACUGGAGAAGCAUCAUGCGCUGCAGCUUAUGCUGCUGAUUCUUGCAUUGAUUGGCACUUGCAUGGUUAUUGCUGAUGGUAUCCUCACUCCUGCAAUCUCUGUUUUCUCGGCAGUCUCAGGACUUGAGCUUGCUAUGUCCAAGGAACAUCACAAAUAUGUCGAGGUUCCUAUCGCAUGUCUCAUAUUGGUCUGCUUGUUUGCUUUGCAACAUUAUGGUACUCACCGACUAGGGUUCCUGUUUGCGCCAAUUGUUAUGCUCUGGCUAUUAUGCAUUAGCGUCAUUGGUGUGUACAAUAUAUUCUAUUGGAAUCCACGUGUAUAUCGGGCCUUCUCCCCCUUUUAUAUGUACAACUUCUUGAAGAAGACCCAAAGAGGAGGCUGGAUGUCACUGGGUGGAAUUCUGCUAUGCAUAACAGGUUCCGAAGCUAUGUUUGCUGAUCUGGGACAUUUCUCACCGUUGUCAAUAAAGAUUGCCUUUACUUCUGUGGUAUACCCAUCCUUGCUCCUGGCUUAUAUGGGACAAGCUGCUUAUCUCUCUCAGCAUCACAUCAUCCAAACUGAUUACCGAAUUGGAUUUUAUGUAUCUGUACCAGAGAGGAUAAGAUGGCCAGUCCUGGCAAUUGCUAUUCUUGCUGCUGUGGUGGGAAGCCAAGCAGUUAUUACGGGUACUUUCUCAAUCAUUAAACAGUGCUCUGCCUUGGGAUGCUUUCCUAGGGUGAAGAUAGUGCAUACAUCAUCCAAAAUACAUGGUCAGAUAUACAUCCCAGAGAUCAACUGGAUUUUGAUGGCACUUUGCUUAGCUGUCACUGUUGGAUUUAGAGACACAAAGCUCCUGGGCAACGCAUCAGGGUUAGCAGUCAUGUCUGUCAUGCUGGUCACCACCUGCUUGAUGUUCCUCGUAAUUGUCCUCUGUUGGCAUCAAAGCAUCUUUCUGGCUGCAUGCUUCAUUCUUUUCUUUGGUUCAAUUGAGGCGCUCUACUUCUCGGCAUCUUUAAUCAAGUUCCUUGAAGGAGCUUGGUUUCCUCUCGCACUGUGCAUCGUUUUUAUGAUCAUCAUGUACAUCUGGCAUUAUGGGACCAUAAAGAAGUACGAGUUUGAUGUUGAGAACAAGGUUUCCAUCAAUUGGCUUCUAAGCCUCGGCCCUACCCUAGGCUUUGUACGUGUGCGAGGCAUUGGCCUCAUACACACUGAGCUCGUAUCAGGAAUCCCAGCCAUCUUCUCCCACUUCGUCACCAACUUGCCUGCAUUUCACCAGGUCGUUGUCUUCCUUUGCAUUAAAUCAGUGCCAAUGCCGUACGUCGACCCCCAAGAACGAUUCCUAGUCGGUCGGGUUGGCCCAAAGGAAUACAGGCUUUACAGGGUCAUCGUCCGAUACGGGUACCAAGACAUACAAAAAGAUGACUUGGAGUUCGAGAGGGAUCUUGUUUGCAGCAUUGCUGAGUUCAUCCGGUCCGAAGGAUCAAAGCCCAGCGGUCUGGCUGAAGAAACCGAUAAGGAUGAUGGCCAAAUGACAGUCGUCGGGACAGGUUUGAGGAUCCGCGAGGAGAAAGUUGAAGCUGAAGAUGCGCCAGGCCCAUCAGCCUCGAGGGAGAUACUCUCGCCUGUGAUAGUACCAAAGAAACAAGUGAGGUUUCUCUUGCCCAGGAGCCCGAAAAUAAAGGAAGAGGCGAAGGAAGAGUUGCAAGAGCUGCUGGAAGCAAGGGAGGCAGGAAUGGCCUUCAUACUCGGGCACGAGUACAUGAGAGCAAAGAGCGGGUCGAGCCUCAUCAAGCGGCUGGCGAUCGAUCUUGGGUAUGAGUUCUUGCGGAGAAACUGCAGGGGCCACAUGUAUGCUUUCAGCAUCCCUCAUGCUUCGACUUUGGAGGUCGCAAUGGUCUACCAUGUCUGAGCUUCCUCAUGUGUUUCCAAUUUUAUUUUAUUUUGUCAUGUGAACUGUAGAUGAUCAUGUUGCUUCUCAUGGUAUAGUGAUGAUAAAUCAAGAAAGAGUAGUAGUUUUAGCAGGAUGGUAGAUUUUACAGAUGAAGUUGUAGUUCCCCUGAAGUACCAUUGUACAAAUGAGGAGAUAUGUUUUGUUAUGUACAUAUAUGUAUAUAUAUAUACUCAUCACAGCUCAAAUGAGAAAUCUUCUCUCUUGUUCAAGUCACUGUAUGAUAUGAUGCAUGUUGUGAUCAUAAUUCGAAUGAUCUUGAAAGAGUUCAUUAGCUCAGUGAUAAUUUCAGAUUUAGGAGUUAACAGGGGUUUAAUAGAACAGUAAGAACAGUAUUCUUUUGCUUGGAUUCCACAGGUCGUGUUUUCCGUCGCGUGGUUUGCAUGAAGGAAGCAGACUGGGAAAAGGAUUCGUUCUCUUUAAUGCGUCCAGAGACUUGGAGAAACGACGACCAAUAUGAGUGAAGCCCGCCGCUUCGGGUCACUGCUCGAGUUACGAUAGGGGGAUGAUGUGGCGCACGCACCACGUCCUUGAGUCGUGAGUGAAGCGGCGGCGUUAGGCGCGACAUCGAACAUGAUCGUGCCCCGUAGGCCCGGUAGGUGUGGCGUCCAACAACACGCCUCGUGACAGCCGCGACAUGUCUUACACCCGUGACAAGAUCUUUUAGUUGUAACGUUACAUUGCCUCCGAAACCGUUAUAAUAGACGAUAUUUAUUGCCGUCGUCCUCUCUGUCCUCUUUGACAGGGGAGGCGAAUUCAUUCAGUCUCAAUUUUCUGUAUCUCAAUCAGCCAAUCCAUUCGAUUCGCCACAUGGAGGUGGACGCCAACAUCGACCCGUUCGAUGAUCCGUCGGCCGGGUCCGAUCGCCGGCAGUACUGCUGCUGCUUCCCCUUCUCGAGCCCCUGGGAGCGGAUCCAGGCGCCGGCGCCCGCCGAGGGAGGGGACGAGCGUCGCCGGUGGUGGAGCGGCGCGGGGUUGAGGGCGCUGAUGAUGAAGGGGAGGGAGUGGUCGGAGCUGGUGGCCGGGCCGAGGUGGAAGACCUUCCUCCGGCGGUUCGGGCGGAACCCUAACAGGGGGAGGGCGGCGGGGGGGCUGGCGAGGUUCCAGUACGACCCGUUGAGCUACGCCCUCAACUUCGACGAGGGCCAGGGCGGCGACAGCCCCGAGGGGGGAUACGACGACCACCGCGACUUCUCUGCCCGCUUCGCUGCCCCGGCCCCGCCGCCGCCAGCCGCCAGCGGGCGCUGAGGUGUUCUUUGACCUGGAAAGGGUGGUCAACGCACGUUAGCGUAAUCGGAUUGGGCUUCCUUUUUGUUACCUGUUGGUCGAUCGGCUUGGUGGUGUCGUCCAGUCUUUAUGUUCCUAUUCCUUUUGGCUGGCCUUGGCUGGUCCUGUUAUUGUUGGUGUGGUAGAAACCGUACGAUACAGCGUCGACUUGUUGCUUUUUGUUCUGAUAUAAUAUUUAUGAAACUAGGAAGGUUAUGGCUUUGUGGCA